UAGUGCCCCUUAUUGAACACCUUGUGUGGCUCAGUCUCACGUCCGUGUUUACAACCGGAGCGUGACGUUCAGGGACUCGCCACAAUACGUUUCCCAGCGCAACUAAAACGCUAUUAAUUUCAUCCGUAAACGUGUAAAAAUGCAGUCACUGAGAGAGUUCCUCAGCGAGAGACUGACGGCAGCGGCCGAGGAGAUAUUUGGAGCUGUAGAAAAUACAAUAGCCGAGUACAAAGAGGAGAUCUCCCGUUCAAAAGAUCUAGAAAUCAGUCGACUCAGGAUGCAGCUGAGGCUUCUCAAAUCAGAGCCACGGUUGGAUAGAUGCCUCGGAGCCCAGCUGCAGCAGCUCACCCAUCAUCAUCAUCCUCCUCCUCCUCCUCCUCCUCCCCCUCAGCAGCAGAUCCAUCAAUCAGACCCUUCAGUGGAGCCUCCAGAGUCCGAGCACUGUGAGGAGGAUGGGAGCGGCAGCAUGGAGCAGGAGUCCCCGGAGCCCUCGCAGGUGAAGAAGGAGCAGCAGCAGCCGAAGAGCCACGGGGAUUUCUGGAACGGCCACGACGUGGAGCAGCUGGAGAGCCUCGAAUCAGACAUUAAAGACUUCAUCUCGUCUCCUUCCAGCCUGAAAAGCAGCCUGCAGGACCCCACCUUGCUCUUCCACGCCUACCACCACCACCACCACCACAACAACCAGGGCGAGGAGAGCAAAGAGAAACCCUACUGCUGCUCUGUUUGUGAAAAGCGUUUCAGUAACUGCUCCCACCUGGCAGCUCACAUCAGGACACACACAGGAGAGAGGCCUUACAGGUGUGAAAUAUGCAGAAAGACUUUUAUCACAACGAGUGCCCUGAACAGACACCAGACCAUCCACACUGAAGGGAAACAGUUUGUCUGUAAUUAUUGUGGUAAAUCCUUUAAAUGGAUGGAGUCCCUUGGCAGACACAUUAGAAGUGUACAUAAGAGAGACAAUAUUCCUGUAUGACUCUCAUUGAAAAUACACUACUUUCCAAUAGAUAAGUCAUGUAGUUAGUGUAUGUUAGUCAUCUAUGAUUUAAUUUUUAAAACUCCUGAACAAAGAAUAUAGUGUUUUGUAUGUUUUGUGAUAAGUUAUAUUGUGCAUGGACCUCAUUAAGCCUUUAAAGACAGUAAAUUAUGUGCAAACGAAUUGUAGAAAUUCAAUGAAAGG